CCAUCAUCACAACACCAGCACCACCAAUUUCUUUGGAAUACAAUUGCCAUGAAAAUAAUGCGCUUAAGACAUGCUAAACUAAUUGUUCUCCUAAUUGUAAUAGCCAACAUAAUAUUAUUCUAUUACUCUUGGAAAUCGACGCUAUGGAAGAAUAUUGCUGCUUCACUAACGCUGCCCAGUAUGGAGUCCUACGAUUUGCUCAAAAAUCCCUCACAACAUCAACCACAUGUCGAAAAAUCUCCCAAAGAAAAAGCUCGCAAUGCCUUCAAACACAUACGCAAAUCCAUGACAAUAGUAUUUCGUAAUUUUUAUACAUUUGAAAAUGAUAUUAAGGACUCGAUCGAUAGUAUAUUGGAUGUUAUACCCAAUAUGCCCAUCAUUGUAUUCCAAGAGGGCAUAUCCUAUCCGCCUUUGAUGUAUCAGCGCAAUGCGACCUCUCUUAAAGGCGAAGAGGGCAAUAGUGUACGUUUUGUUAACUUAGGAUUUGAUAUAUUGAAACCGAUACAGGAAUUGAAUCCUUUAUCCACCAUACAUACAAAAUAUGCUCUCUUUAUGCCCGACAGUGUACGUUUGAGUAGUAAAAAUCUGUUGCAGAAGAUAUUGCGUGAAAUUAAUACGAAUAGUUGGGAUAAGGACAAGGAUGGCACACAAGUAGUGGCUCGAAGAUCGAAAUUAUCGCCUCCUCUAGAAGAAACCAUAAGACGUAUGAUUAUUGUGCCGUUUUCGGGUAAUUUAAAGUCAUUUGUGGGUUGUUUACAAAUCGUUUUGGAUUUGCCCAAUUGGACGAUACAGUAUGUGGCUGUGAAUAGCACAAGUGAUAAAUGUGAUUUGUUUUUGCAAAAACAUGCCGUUUUGGUAGAUGUGGCAGUUUUAAAGGAAAUGCCUGAACCCUUGGCUGCUCCAUUCCCGGAAAUGUUUUAUAUACAGGCGAAAUUAAAUAAUAUAUCGAAAUUCGUCUAUCCACAAUCAUUUCAAGAUGGCAGACGACUCUUUGCCGCCUACCAUACUAAACAAAGACGCACCGAUAUGAAACGGCGACAGUUCCGGGACAUGUAUAAAAAACUACAAAUCAAACGUAUUGUACGACGAUCACAUAAAGUUUCAAUCAAGUCGGAUACCAAGGACACAGCUUCGUACAGUUCACAACAUAACUUAGUUUUAGAUACACAAUUUUCAUCGUCAAAUUUCUCCUUGCCCCUGGUAACCGACAUUGAUCUAAUCGGCUGCGAAAGAAUAACAAAAUCGUGUGUGGGCACGGUUUAUAACCAGCGGCCAUUUUAUGUUUACUUGGGCAAACAUACACCACCUUGUUGUUUGGACAAACUAAAGACCGCUUUUAAUCAUGUUCUGGAGGAGUUUGAAAAUGUGGGCAUACGCUAUUGGCUGGACAAUCAGGCUUUGAGAACGGCCAUUGAUACAAAUCAAUUGUCACCGGAUGCCUAUGAUAUUGAUAUCAGUUUUAAUGUGGACGAUUUGGAACGCUCAAACUCCCUGAAGAAAUCCCAGACAAAACCCUAUGUGGAUAAUGAGGGAUUUUAUUGGAUUAAAGCCACCGAUGGUCACUAUUUUAAGGUGCAGUUUUCGAAAAUCAAUCAGAUUGGCGUGAAUCUUUUGCCCUUCGAAAUAACGGGCAAUGAGGUGAAACCGAAUGGUUUCUUUGGUUGGAAGGCCAAAUCAUUUUCGGCCGAUUUUCUACAUCCCAUGUCGACGGUGCUAUUUUUGGGUAAAAAUAUUAUGUGUCCCAAUAAUGUGAGAGACUAUUUAGAAUUUAAGAGUAUACAAUAGAUUGCAAUUUAAAACUGU